CGACCGAAACCACAUUGGCACAAACGAAGAAAACAAGAAAUUUGAACCCAUGAGCCUCCCCUCUUGAGGCCUGGGUUUUGAUCAUCAUCUUCUUCUUCUCUCAUCGUUGUUCUCUCAGUCACUCAUCUUUAAUAGAGCUUCAAAUUAAUGGGGGAAGUAGAAGAUUUUGCAGCGACCCAGAUGAGGAAAGCAGUGGAGAAGCUUGGUUCUUCUGCUGAGAUGUAUGAAGGUCCAACACUGAUGAGGUUCUUGAUUGCAAGAUCAAUGGACCCAAAUAAAGCCGCCAAGAUGUUUGUUCAGUGGCAGAAGUGGAGGGCUUCAAUGGUGCCUAAUGGGUUCAUUUCAGAAUCUGAAAUAGCUGAUGAAUUAGCUGCAAGAAAGGUCCUUUUGCAGGGUUUGUCUCAGGAUAAAUACCCUUUGUUGAUUGUUCAAGCCUGCAAGCAUUUUCCUUCCAAGGAUCAGCCUCAAUUCAAGAAAUAUGUUGUUCAUUUGCUUGACAAGUCAAUCGCAAGUGCUGUAAAAGGAAGGGAGAUAGGAAAUGAAAAGUUGAUUGCAGUUGUUGAUCUGAAGAAUCUCAUGUAUAAAAACAUUGAUGCACGAGGGUUCAUCACUGGUUUUCAAUUCUUACAGGCUUACUACCCUGAACGUCUAGCAAAGCUCUAUGUUAUACAUAUGCCUCAGUUUUUUGUGAGUGUAUGGAAGCUAAUUUGUCGUUUCCUAGAGAAGGCAACUCUAGAAAAGAUAGUAGUUGUGGGUAAUGAAGAGGAGAGAAGACAGUUUAUAAAGGACGUUGGAGAAGAGGUUCUACCAGAAGAGUACGGUGGAAGAGCAAGGCUUAUAGCUGUCCAAGAUGCUGUCUUGCCGCCGCUGCAGAAUGGAACACAUUGAUUUC